AUGGUAUAUUUUAAAUCAUCGCUAGCGGGAGUUCUGGUGGUUAUUGCAUUUACAGUAACAAACUCUCAACCCUAUGAGGUGAAGGGUAAUUUACCGGACAUAAAUUUAAUCGUGGAUUUCCUACAGAAAAUUUUAAAACCUUACAUCGACUCCGCGCCAAACGCAUCACCUAAUUUCCGAACGAGCUACAAAGUUUCCAAUAUAGAAAAGUUUGUAAAUAAAAAAGUUGAAGAGCUAAAAGCACUUUUGGACGAUCAUGUAGACGUUCCACUUGAAACAGAGAACAACAGUAAUAUAACAUUAGAAGGAGACGACGAGACAACUAUUAUAGAAUUCCUCCCACCUGCAAAUAAAACGAAACUACAUAGAAAUCAACUGGUAUCUCAUAAGGAUAGUCUGAAAACUAACAUAAAGAAAUAUAAAAAGAUGAGAGAGAAAAUAAAAAAAGCACUGCUAAAAGAAACCGUUUCCGAGAAAACACAACGCAUGGUAACAAAGACAUUUGACAAAAUAAUAGCGGAGCUGAUAAGUAAUCAAUGCACAUGGAAUAGUACUGCAAAUGAAAUGAAGAGAAAGAGGAAUGGCAUAGAGAAAUCUGCGGUUAUAACACGAAGGUGGAGUCAAAAAUGGAAAAAGUUGAAGGAACAAUAUUUAAGGUCUGUUGGAACAAAUCAAAGCAACGCACAGUUUCCAGGUGUGAAACUGUAUCGCUUUUUCGAACAGUUUCAUGAUUUUUUAUCUCAUAUAGUUGAUGAUACGGAUAAAAUAUCUGACCGUUACAAAAUUGUUUGUCAAUUUGUCGAGCAUAGUGAUUAUAGAGAUAGUGCUUUAAGAAAAGGUAGUAAAAUGAAAUUUAAUUGUGAUAACUUCAAAAUAUGCUCUGGAGAAAUUAGGACUUUCCUGGUCAAUCUUUAUAAUGUACUGAACAACACGGCAGUUAGCACUUUUAGAAAUUACGCGUCAAUGUACGUUAGAGAUGUGAAUACCGAUCCUAGUAAUGAAAAAGAAGCUGUCGUGAUGACUGUAAACGAAAUAGGUGAUUUAGUAGAACAAAAAGUCGAAGACGCUUUUAAAAUGCAGACAAGGAAACUUCAUUUGGACACAAAGAAAGACAAGGAUGAUAACAUAAAAGCUUUAAGGCGUUACAUUCACAAUUUGAUAGAUUACACUAAUAAUAAUAUUAAAAAAGAUCUCCCACAAAACUUACGACCGCUGAAACCUAAAUUACAACACUCCAUUUUUCAAGAUUUGAAUGUUAAUUUGGAUUUAGAUUUACAUAAUUUAAAAGAUGCUAUGGAAAGAGGCUUAUGUGAAAAAUUUAUUACAUGUAACGGUAAGUUUAUUGAGAGAAGACAAAACAAUGGUGUAAUGCUGGCAGACUAUUUUAGAAACAAUCUCUAUGUUAAACUACAAAUGUAUUUAGACGACGAGACGAAGGAAAAGCUUUCAGAAAAAUUAAGACAGACAACUGAAAUUAACGUAGUUGAACUUAAGAAAAAGAAACAUAAAAAUAAACCUAAGAAUCAUAAAGGCAAAAAACACAAGAAGACUCACUCAACAAGGUUUACUAUGAAACUAAUAGAUCCAGAGAUAGAAAGGAGACAUAUAAACGUUAAUAUUACUAGAACAACACUGAUAUCUACCACUAGCAACACUAAAUCAUAUGUGAAUAUUACCCACAUAAAAAGUACUCCUUCAACACCUGAUAAGGUUGUAUCUAUUAAGUAUACUACAGAAAUGUAUCGUGAUUGA